AUGACCUCCCUCCAAACUGUUCCCGCCCGCCGCGGAGCAGCCACCCUCGUCAGGACCAGUCAAAAGAUAAAGAUAACAAACACGCACGGAAACCAAGUCGUCGAUACCUGGGCGCUCGCCCUCCCUUCCUCCACCCUCACCACCGCGUCCUCAAAAGUCGAAGCACCGCUCUACCCCAACGCGACUUCCGACUCGCCGUCCAAAUACUCUGCUACUGCGAACGCCGCUGCCAGCGCCCCCGAAUACAUGUCCAUGUGCCACUGCCGUGCCACACUUUUGAAAGUGACGCCGGGAGUAGGUGAUGUAAUGGUCAGCCAGAAGAGGGCGCCGAUGGUCAAGCUGGUGGAAGAUACAAGUCCAGGUGUACACGACACUUUGGUCGCAGCGUGUGAUCGAUGGCGGUAUAGUGAGUUGGGCGUCAAUGGAUACCAUGAGUCUUGCACAGACAACUUCUGGGAUGCUCUGCACGAGUUGACUACAUCUUCGUCUCUCUCGGCUGAGGAGAAGGAAGCGAUUGGAGACCUGCAAGUCAAGAUGGGAUACAGAGUCCCGGAUCCGUUCAAUUUGUUUAUGAACAUUCCUAUUACGCAGGAGGGUGAGGGAGCGAAGAGAGGCAUUAGUUUCGAAGAGCCGAAGACGAAGGCUGGAGACUGUGUUGUUUUGGAAGCGCUAAGGGAUGUGGUUGUAGUGAUGAGUGCGUGUCCUCAGGAUGUUCUUACGAUUAAUGGGAAGAAUCCGGUGGAUGCUCAUUAUCAGGUCCUGGACUGA